GGCGUUGCCGGGAGCAUCAUCGGCUGCGAAUAUGCAGAUAUUCGUGAAGACCCUCACGGGAAAGACGAUCACCCUCGAAGUGGAGUCGUCGGACACCAUCGACAACGUCAAGGCAAAGAUUCAGGACAAGGAAGGGAUUCCGCCCGACCAGCAGCGCCUAAUCUUCGCCGGGAAGCAGCUCGAGGACGGCCGCACUCUCGCCGACUACAACAUUCAGAAGGAGUCCACUCUCCACCUCGUCCUCCGCCUCCGCGGCGGCGCUAAAAAGCGCAAGAAGAAGACCUACACGAAGCCCAAGAAGAUUAAACACAAGAAGAAGAAGGUGAAGCUAGCCGUGCUUCAGUUCUACAAGGUCGACGACUCCACCGGCAAGGUCACCAGGCUGCGGAAGGAGUGCCCCAACGCUGAGUGCGGCGCCGGCACCUUCGUGGCCAACCAUUUCGACCGCCAUUACUGCGGCAAGUGUGGCCUCACCUACGUUUACCAGAAGGCGCAAGAUCAUCUGGGCUCACCGUCUCCCUUGCCUGGCCAUCGGAGCCGACAUCUGAUGGGGAAUCGGCCAGCUCACUUGCAUUAGUGUGGGAUGCAGGUUCGAGUGUCGUUUUCCUCUUUCUGUACUUAACCUAGCAUACAUUCCAAAGAUGGAAAACCUAAAUGUCUUAUGAUUUGGGCAACAAGAGAGCGGGUAUACCUUUGGCUCAUUAUGGUUGGCAACUAGAAAAAAAACAACGAGAUAUGUUGUUGCUGUUGGAAAUCUUGGAGGAGAUGAAAGGAGUGAUGGUUUACUGCUGUUGGCUGAGAGAACAUGACAAACCAAUGAUGAAGCUGUGGAAACAUUGAAAGACGAGGAAGGAGAGCCUUUCUCCUUUUUGCCAAUGGCCUCAGUGUGCUUCGACGGGAUCCAAUGACUGCCCUGGCUAGCUUCGACAGUUGCUGUGCAUGGUUGGAAAAGAUAACAAAAAUAGCAAGGUGCUGCUCUUGAGAAGGAGAAGGAGACGGCAAGCGACGGCUGGCAAUUGUUGUUGCUGUUGUGAGUGUUAGAUUAUAUAAUUAAUUA